AUGUCGAGAGUCGGUUUACUAGUUUUGGGUCCUGCAGGUGCAGGAAAGAGUACAUUCUGUAACUCAAUUAUAUCACAUAUGCAGACUAUUGGAAGAAGAGCCCAUAUUGUUAACUUAGAUCCAGCUGCAGAGCCUAGCAAAUAUGAGUUCACUAUAGAUAUUAGAGAUCUAAUAUCUCUAGAUGAUGUAAUGGAAGAAUUAGAUUUAGGCCCUAAUGGUGCGCUGAUAUACUGUUUUGAAUAUUUAAUGAAGAACCUUGAUUGGCUAGAUGAGGAGAUAGGUGAUUAUAACGAUGAAUACUUAAUAUUCGAUUGUCCUGGCCAAAUAGAGCUAUACACACACAUCCCCGUCUUACCGAAUAUAGUUCGCCACUUACAAGGACAGCUCAAUUUCAACCUGUGUGCCACCUAUCUUUUGGAAGCCCCAUUUGUGAUAGACAGCUCCAAGUUCUUUAGUGGUGCUUUAUCUGCCAUGUCUGCGAUGAUUCUCUUAGAAUUACCCCACAUUAACGUCUUAAGCAAGUUGGAUAUGAUAAAGGAUGAAUAUGGCAAGAAGAAACUUAAGAGAUUUUUAAACCCAGACGCUAUGCUGUUGGCCAAUGAAGCUGACCAAAACCUAAAUCCAAAGUUCCACCACUUAAAUCAAUGUAUAGCUAACCUAGUUGAUGAUUUUGGAAUGGUCCAAUUCUUGCCCUUGGAAGCUAACAACCCAGAAAGUGUGGCAACUAUAUUAUCUUAUGUCGACGAUGUGACUCAAUGGGCUGAAGCUCAGGAACAAAAAGAGCCUAAAGAUCAAAUAGAUAUAGAAGAUUUGUAG